AUGGCUUCCAACCUGAAGUUCGCCAAGGAAUUGAUCACCUUCUUAGGAAAAUCAGUGAUUGCUCUUCUGGAGACCCUGAUUUUCACCUUCAUCCCCAGACCACGGAAGAACGUUGCUGGUGAAAUCGUGCUCAUCACCGGUGCUGGGAGAGGACUGGGAAGGCUCUUGGCCCUCAGAUUUGCCCACCUCGGAUCGGUGCUGGUUCUCUGGGAUAUCAACAAGGAGGGGAACGAGGAAACAUGCAGGAUGGCUCGGGAAGCCGGAGCCACAAGAGUCUAUGCCUACACUUGCGACUGCAGCCAAAAGGAAGAAAUAUACAGAGUGGCCGAGCAGGUUAAAAAAGAAGUUGGCGAUGUCUCCAUCCUGAUCAACAAUGCCGGAGUUGUGACAGGCAGCGAUUUCCUCAACUGCCCAGAUGACCUGAUGGAAAAGUCUUUAGAUGUGAAUUUCAAAGCACAUUUAUGGACGUAUAAAUGCUUUCUACCUGCUAUGAUAGCUAAUGAUCAUGGCCAUUUGGUUUGCAUUUCAAGUUCAGCUGGAUUAGUUGGAGUAAAUAAACUGGCAGAUUACUGUGCAAGUAAAUUUGCAGCCUGUGGAUUUGCUGAAUCUGUAUUUACAGAAACAAUAGUCCAGAAACUAAAGGGGAUCAAGACCACUAUCGUGUGCCCAUUUUUUAUAAACACUGGAAUGUUUGAAGGUUGUUCUACUGUCCGUCCUUUUCUGUUACCGAUUCUGGAACCAGAAUACGUCGUUGAGAAGAUAGUCGAUGCUAUCCUGAAAGAGAAAGUGUACUUAUAUGUGCCAAGGUUUUUAUACUUCGUAAUGGUUCUUAAAAGUAUCUUGCCUGUCAAGAUAGCGUUGCUUCUGUCUGACUUUAUGGGCAUCUUUAACAUAAUGGAUGGCUUCGUUUGCAAGAACAAGAAACACUAA